AUGCGCAAGGCAUUUGCAAAAUUCGCAGAUAAAAUUGACGGUCCCAAGAAUGGGAACGGUGGUUCUCCCAGCAGCAGCUCCCAACCACCGCUCAUCAAUCACAGCACAAAACCAAGCCGCAAAGCCAUAUACCCCCAACCCGGGCACCGGGACCCAGGAUCCGGCCAACUGCCUCCAAAAGUAGCAUCCGCAAAACAUCAUGGCAUUAUGCACUUUUUCCUCCCCAAUGGCCGGGAGCAUAUCGUCAGCAGAGAUGUCGGCAAUUCCGGUGUCCUGAAUGGCAAAAUUGUCUGGGGCUGGGGCGACACUUUGAUGGGGGCUGGAGGACGAGGGUCGAAAGCCAAUAUCUGUGCCACGGAUAGCACAUCUAUUGGAAACAUGUCAAACCCCAUGUAUGCUACUGAUACCGCACUGUGGGACAACAAUGAAUUCGUCGCCAAUUUCAUUCCGUGCCUGCCCAGCGAAGAAAAAGACGGCGGGCUCGUCUCCUAUGCCUUUGGCGGCUCGAAUGUCAUCGAGUACGCUCCGAAUGAAGGCCUCUUGUUCUUUCUGAAAAUCCAUCGCCCGGAUGGGAAGAAUCAUAUUAAAGGUGCUGGGGUAGCCAAGGUCACUAUGGAAGGUAAUGUGCCAAAAUGCCACCGGGAUAUGGACACUCUGUGGACCAAAGAAGAGCCAUGCUACGGCGACGUUGGGAUUUCUUACGACUGCCGAGAUGGUUUUCUGUAUGCCUUUGGCAAAGGACCACAGCAAGAUGAUGAGCAGCUUAUUCGGCGCACUUACUUGUGCAGAGCUCCCAUCAAGCAGGCGUUUGACAUCAACGCAUACCAGUACUGGGAUAACAGCAGCAAGACCUGGACACCGCGGCGUCUGACCACGCAUGGCAAUAUGGGGACCUUGAAACUGACAUAUGAACAAUCCAUCUUCGAUUACUUGCAAAUGGACCGAUCAGCGCCGUUCUGGAGCAACUACUUCAACAAGUGGAUGUUUUUGUAUGGGAAUAGUUGGGGUUAUUCGGAUGUAUAUGUUAUGACGGCGGAUAGGUUGGAGGGGCCGUGGGAUAAUCAUAAUGGUAUGAUUGUGGCUAGCACGGGUGGGGAGCCGGUUGCGGGGGAGUUUAGGUAUGCGAUUAAUGGACAUCCUGAGUGGGAUGAGAGUGGGAAGACGGUGUUUGUGACAUGGACGAAAUUGAAUGAGAUAUAUGGCACGACGAUUACUUGGGAGUAG